AUGUCAUCAUCAUAUAAUGAGCUAUCUUACGAAUCACCCUAUGUAUCACCAUUAUCAAAUCACGCAUAUAUUAUUUGUGAAAUAAUAAGGUAUUUAAAUCGUCAGGUAGAUCUAGUUUCAUGUUGUCAAGUAUCCAAGCUUUGGAAUACUUGUGCCAUACCAUCAUUAUGGCGGUCACCAAAAAUAAAACACAUUUCUACUUUAACAAAAUUUGUAAGAACACUGGUUAGAACACACCAGGGUAUCACAAUGUAUUCUUAUGGGUGUAUGAUUCAACAUUUGGAUUUAUCACGAGUAAAUCUUGCUUGCGAGUCACCUGAAUUAGGUUUAAUUGCUGAAACAUGCGGCGUCUUGAAAAGUAUUAAUUUAACAAAUGUUCAGCAUCUGAGCGAAGAAAUAUUAAGCAGAUUUUCUAGUCGGUGUUCCGAUUUAAGAUCACUCACACUGUUAAAUCUACCAUAUAUCGCAGACAAAUCGAUGAUUAAUGUUAUAACUAGAUGUCAUCGAUUGGAACAUCUGGCAUUUGGAGAUUGCUUAGGCAUCAAAGAUCAAUCAAUACUUCAACUCGCAUAUUCAGCAAAAAAUCUUACGACGCUUGAAAUAUUUUUUAAAAAUAAAAUCGAAAACGAUUCAUUUAUACUCAUAACCAAAAAUUGCAUGAGGUUGAAAAAUAUACACAUUUGGGAAUGCGAAUUGUUGAGUGAUGCAGCCAUAACAACCAUGGCAAUAAAUUUAAACACACGACUUGAAUCCUUAAUACUGCACAACAUAAAAAACAUCACAGACGUAUCAUUAACACAAGUAGCAGUCAGAUGUACAAACCUACGGAAUCUGGGAUUAGAGCCAUAUGAAGGAGUAACCAAUGAGACGUUGAUUGCAUUUGCUGAUUAUGCAAAAAAAUUGGAAUCAUUUGAAAUCUCGCUUAACAAAGCACAAAAUAUUUCUAAUGAUGGGUUUAUAGCGAUAGCUGAUGGAUCAAAGCAACUUAGUAAAGUGACGUUUCAAUCGUCAACCUUGAACGUAACAGACAUCACGUUAAAUAUUAUGUCAGUAAGAUCUGCAACAACUUUGACGUGCUUACAUCUUUACAAUUGUAGUUUUUCAGAUUCGGCAUUUACGGUAUUAGAAAAAGCGAGACCGCCGAUAAAUGAUUUAUGUCUGUUCACAUUGCCAAAUAUCACAGAUGAUCCAAUCAUCAGAUUUCUUUACAGUAUUUCCAAUACACUUACCUCUUUACAAUUAUCUAAUUGUGAGAGCAUUACAGAAGAGUGCGUAGUGUCGGGAGUUAGCGAGUGUAAAUUGUUGAAAAAAUUGUCAUUGUAUUUGUCUAAUGAUUUUACAACAAGAGGAUUAGAUGCAAUAGUAAAAUUACGUGAUAAUUUAAAAGAAUUAUCUUUAGCGAGUAUAGAAGAUAUUCCAAGUGAGGCUGCGGCGCCAAAAUUAGCGAGUCUAAGAAAUCUUGGGGAAUUACGAAUUCGAGAUUGCUCAAAUUUAAAACCAGACGAUGUCCUUACAAUAUGUUGUGGUUGUCAUCAACUUGAAGAAUUUUUCUUUGGUUGUGGUAAUUACAUAACAGAAGAAUUUGUUCAAGAAUAUAAUUAUUACGGAAGGAAUAGACCGCUUUUGGUGAUAGGCCCAGAAACCUAA